CUUUUCAGUUUAUCAUCAUGGAGAACGAGUCGGCAAUCUUCUGGGAUGGGCAGGGCAGCUCCCAGAACACAAUCUGAAACCCUGAGACCUCUCACUCCCCUGCAGGAUUACUACACUUUAACUACAGUAUUACAACACAAAAUCUUUCAUAGUUUGAAGGGUUCAACAAAAGGCACUACAAUAUAAAGGUCUCCAUCUGCUGCAGAAAGCACCCAUCCUACUGCUACUACAGGAUUACACCACAUCUUCAUCCAAUCAAAACCUUUCAGAGACACAGGAAGCAGGCACCCUAGGCUGCACCAGGCUGCCCCAGGACCAGAAACCAAAGAAAUCACCGGACCAGUAACCCAGACCAAAACAGAAUCAGGAAAGACCAGAAGAGACCAGUCGAACUCAGUAAAGGACAGUGGAAAAGUUUGAUGGGACUCUUGACGAUAGCCACAUGCCUCUGAGUCCGGCUGCUGACACCAAACAUGAUCGCCCGCGGCAACAGGCGGUUACAAACGGCAACCCGGCAGGCUCUGUUGUUGCCAGGGACGACGAGGGAGAGGACACGCCCACUGGGAACAGCAUUGUCGUCCGCAUCGGCAUCCCGGACCUGCAGCAGACGAAGUGUUUGCGGUUGGACCCAGAGUUACCAGUUUGGACCAGUAAGCAGAGGGUUCUGGUGACGUUGACUCAGUCUCUGUCGGAUGUUUUGAACUAUGGUCUCUUCCAGCCGGCGUUCAACGGCCGAGCCGGAAAGUUUCUGGACGAGGAGCGGCUGCUGAAGGAGUAUCCUCUCCCGCCCAUCACACCCAUCCCGUACCUGGAGUUUCGUUACAAGAGGAGAGUUUACACCCAGAGUUACGUGGACGACAAACAGCUGGCAAAGCUGCAUACCAAGGCCAAUCUGAAGCGCUUCAUGGAACAUGUUCACCAGAAGAAUGUGGAGAAGGUUUCCAAGUGGUUGGAAAAAGGCCUCGAUCCCAACUUUCACGACUCUGACACGGGAGAGUGCCCUCUGACUCUGGCCGUGCAGCUGGAGGAGAGCUGCGAGCUGAUUAAAGUUCUUCGCAAUGGAGGAGCUCACCUGGACUUCAGGACCAGGGACGGCAUCACUGCCCUUCACCGGGCCGUCCUCUGCAGAAACAGCGCCGCCCUCACCACUCUGCUGGACCUCGGGGCAUCUCCAGACUACAAGGACAGCAGAGGCCUCACUCCGCUCUAUCACUCGGCCAUGGUGGGCGGCGCCCCCUACUGCUGCGAGCUGCUGCUGCAGGAUCAUGCCACCAUCGGGAUGACAGAUGAGAACGGGUGGCAGGAAAUCCAUCAGGCAUGUCGCUAUGGCAACGUGCAGCACUUGGAGCACCUGCUGUUCUAUGGCGCUGACAUGAGUUCCCAGAAUGCAUCAGGAAACACUGCACUGCACCUCUGCGCUCUGUACAACCAGGAUAGUUGUGCCCGAGUGUUGCUGUUCAGAGGAGCCAACAAGGACAUCAAGAACUACAACAACCAGACGGCCUUUCAGGUGGCAAUCAUUGCCGGGAAUUUUGAUCUGGCAGAGAUCAUAAAAAUCCACAAAACGUCUGACGUUGUAGUUCCCUUCAGAGAAACUCCCUCCUAUACCAAGCGCCGCCGCAUGGGCUUGACCCGGACAACAGCUGGAAACGGCCUGUCAUCUCCUCGCUCCCUGAUUCGCUCAGCCAGUGACAACGCCUUGGAAAGCCCCGCCUCCUCACCUGGCCCCUCCCUUCAAAGCCUGGAGACGCACCAUGACACGCACACACACUCGCUACGCCGACACACACGCCGACUCAGUCCAAGUGGUGGAGGUCAUGUGGAGACCAGCCCUCCCUCCUCUCCUCCCCCGACCCCACAGAUGAGGAAGAGGAGGCUGUAUAGCGCCGUCCCGGGACGCACCUUCAUCGCCACCCGGUCCCACGUCCCUCAGGGGACCGGAGAGAUCCAGCUGCACCGAGGAGAGCGGGUCAAAGUUCUCUCUAUCGGUGAAGGAGGAUUCUGGGAAGGAAGCGUUAAAGGCCGAACCGGCUGGUUUCCUGCCGACUGUGUGGAAGAAGUCCAGAUGAGACAAUACGACCCGAGACUGGAGACGCGAGAGGACCGCACCAAGAGACUGUUCAGACACUACACUGUAGGAUCCUACGACAACUACACCUCCUACAGCGAUUACGUGAUCGAGGAGAAGACGGCCGUGCUGCAGAAGAGGGAGAGCGAAGGAUUUGGCUUCGUCCUCAGAGGAGCUAAAGCUGAGACGCCCAUCGAGGAGUUUGCUCCAACCCCGGCGUUUCCCGCCCUUCAGUACCUGGAGUCAGUUGACCAAGGGGGCGUGGCCUGGAGGGCGGGGCUACGGACCGGAGACUUUCUCAUCGAGGUGAACGGUACCAACGUGGUGAAGGUGGGUCACCGGCAGGUCGUCUCUCUAAUCCGGCAGGGAGGAAGUCGCCUGCUGAUGAAAGUCGUCUCAGUUUCCAGGAAAUCUGAAACCAACCUGAUCAGGAAAAAAGCACCGCCCCCUCCAAAACGAGCCCCCAGCACCUCCCUGACCCUGCGAUCCAAGUCCAUGACGGCUGACCUGGAGGAGAUAGCCAGGAGGAGACGCUUCGAGAAACUGGAUGAGAUGUUGGCCGGAAGUCAACAGGAAGUCGUCUUGAGGGGCCGCCCAUCAGAUGACUUCAGGGCGGCGACGGUGAAGCAGAGGCCAACCAGCCGGCGUAUCACACAGGCAGAGAUCAAUUCGCUGUUUGAGCGUCAGGGUCUGGUGCCCCCUUCAGCUCCAGAGAAGAGCACCAUGCCUUUACCCAGAGGGAUGUCCAGAACCAAGAGUUUUGGCACACCGGACGAUGACAGAAUCACGGCUCUGAUCAAUGAAAGUCGGUUUCCACGGAGCUCUUCGCUGACAGAAAGCUUCAUCCCUCCUCCUCCUCAGACAGCACCGCCUCCUCCACCCUCUGCAUCCUCUACCUCCUCGCUCUUCAUACUCGACUCUGGACCUCCUCCCUCUUUUCUUCCUCCUCCUCCUCCAGCACGAGGAGAUGGACUGACCCGCUCUAGUUUCAAGCCGGGGGCAGAGCCAAGGCUUCAGGAGCUUUCAGAUUCACCAACGAGGAGCCACACCCACGCCGAGCGGCAGAGAAAAGCAAGGUCCAUGAUCAUCCUGCAGGACACGCCUCCACCACUGCAGCCUGAUGCUCACGGUGCCCCUGCUACUCACACACUUCACACCGCCACACACACCGCCACACACACGCUUCACACCGCGACACACACAUCUACGCUGUCUCUGCACAGCACUAGCCCCGCCCUUGGCCACUCACCUCUGUCGCGGCGUCGGGGAAGAGCAAUAGAAAACCCCUAUGCUAAUGUGGGACAACAGGCUCCGCCUACCAAACCCCAGAGGAGGAAGUCACCAUUACUGAAACAACUUCCUGUUGAAGAGCAGGGUCUUGGGAUCAAAGAUCAUGAUUCAUCCAAAGAAGGAGGUGGACCCAGCAGCCCCAGCAGGGCUGAGCUGUACCAGCAGCAGGUUCUUUCAGAGCGCGCUCGAGUUCAGGGUCGCCGGUCGUCUCUCUUCUUGUCAGUGGAGGGAGCGGGGUCAGAAAAUCAGGCACCGCCUCUUCUGACGCAGAGCCACUCGAUGGAUGACCUCGGCGAGCUUCCCCCUCCAGCUCCGGUCCUGUCACCUUCACCGACCCCUCAUACCUUCCUCCACCCGCUGACAGGGAAACCUCUAGACCCGUCCUCUCCACUCGCCCUGGCACUUGCUGCAAGAGAACGAGCGCUCACCGCCCGCACACCGAGCCCUGAGCCUCGAACUAAACACGCUUCUGCCUCCACCACACCCAUCCCCACCCCGGCUGCCAGUCCUGAGGGCAGACACAAGCGAACGCCCAUCACCACCCCACAAAGCAGUCCUGAGCCACGAUCCAAGCGCACCACUCCUCAGACAAGCCCUGAACAGCGGACCAAACGCACCACUCCCCAAACGAGUCCUGAGCUAAGGCAUAAACGCAUAACCCCACCCCUUUUCCCAGAUGGACAAGUUGAGCGCCCAGAAACAGAGGGAGGAGUGACAUCACCUGCCGCACCCUCCCCUGAGCGCUGGAGACCCUCCCCUUUGCCACCACUGGCCAAUGAGGCUCAUUCUCCUCUGAUUGAUAGACGUAGAAGCCUCACAGUGGGCAGUUCAGAGGAGGAGGGAGGGGCUUACACAGUGACACUCCCACCUGCCUUGUUAUCAUCCAGCGAUGAGGAAACUAGGGAGGAGCUGCGUAGAAUUGGUCUGGUGACUCCCCCUCCUGGCUUUACAAGCCCUCCUGCUGCUCCUCCCCCAUCCUCUCUCACCUUGUUGCCACGACGAGGUGGAGAGGGAGGGGGAGGAGAGAGUGGUCCUGAAUCUUUGGGUAGACGAGGAGAUGAGGAGGAAGGAGGUGAUGAAAGGCUUCAUGACAGUUCGUCUUCCCCAAGUUCCCUCCCACCCUCCAUCACCCUGGCUUCUCCUCCUGCUCCAUCUUCCCCAUCUUCCCCACCUGCUACUCACCCAUCUCCUUCAUCCGCCGCCACUUCCCCAUCAGGGUUAAAGCCUCGCCUUCGUUCACCUAUCGGUCGAGGACGUUCUGCACUCCGGGACCCCCUAUUAAAGCAGUCGUCGGACAGUGAGCUCCUCCCAUCUGCUGCAUCAUCAUCCUCCCCCUCCUCCCCACUUUGCUCUUCUCCCACCAGUGGCGGAGGCCGACAGCCACGCUAUUUGUUUCAAAGGAGGUCUAAGUUGUGGGGGGGUGGGGAUCAAGAUCGACGGGGCCUCAGUCCGGAGGAAGGGGGGGGGCGUCCAGCAGCCUUGGGAGGCCAGGGAUCCGGCUCAGCUGUGGAUCUAACAAGCCGGUCAGCUUCUGCACUAGAGCUAAGCGGCAGGGCGGGGUCUGGACUGGAUCUAGCCAAUCGGCUACAGCUGCUCAACAAAGAUAGCCACUCUCUGGGGGAGGAGCCAAGCCCCCUCGAUCCAGGUCGAAGGUCACCAGUAGGAGGUGCCAGGUUGUUCUCCAGUCUCGGUGAACUUCACACCAUCUCCCAGAGAGGAUAUGGCGCCUCCUAUACAGUCCGACCUGGAAGUCGCUACCCUGUCACUCGCCGGAGCCCUUCUCCUUCUCCCUCGCCCUCUGAUAGGUCAGUGGGACUCCCCUCCACUACCGCCCCCUGCUCUGAAAGGCCAGAUCUGAGCUCAGGUCGCGGUCUAACCAUCCUAAAGUCCUCCAGUCUCAGCCUCCCCUCAGAACCAAAGGAGGUUCGGUUUGUGAUGCGAAGCGCCAGUGCACGAACCAGAUCCCGUUCCCCUUCCCCUUCACCCCAUGCCUCGCCCUGCCCCUCCCCGGUCCUCAGCGGGCCCUUGUUGUCCCUACGACCAUGGAGGCAGCGGCCCCUCAACUUGUGGAAUAAAUACGAUGUGGGUGACUGGCUGGAGAGCGUGGGUCUGGCCGAACACCGCCAGCGCUUCCAGGACCACGAGAUUGAAGGCUCCCAUCUCCCUGCCCUCACCAAAGAGGACUACGUGGAGCUGGGAGUCACCAGGCUGGGACACCGGAUCAACAUUGAGAGGGCACUCCGACAGCUGCUGGAUGGUUCCACUUGACCCCUCACCUCUGACCACUCACCUCUUAGAUAUCCUAAACUGUAACCUCAGACCCCUGACCUCUGGUCAGACAGUAGGCCAUCUCUUUGAAUUGAAUAAUCUUAGCAGUGACUGAAUAUUUAGACCUUAGACCAGAAAUUUUCUGGUUUAUCAGCUCUUUGAUCAGCAACAUAAGGACUGGUAGCAGCUGCAGACCUCUGAUGUUUCGUUUGCCUGUUAAUGUCUGCAUGCCCCAUAAAAACUCCCAACCAAACCAAACACUUCACACUGAGUUAUGACUGACUUAUGGUUGCGUAGAUUCAUUUUAAACAAAAUUAACAUUAAAUUAAGUGUGCAUGGUAUAUCUGACACCAACAAAGGUGGUCAUGAGGAAAAUCAUGAGGUUCAACUGCAGGAAUUCAUUUGGGGCUGAAAAUAAGUCCAUGCUUGCCAGAAUAUUAAAGAUCAGAGAAUUAUUUUUUUCAAAUACGCCACCUCAGUAUUAGUCCAAAACAGUUUUUUUUUUAGUCAAAAAACCCCCCAACAAAAAACACUAAAACAUUUAACAUUCCCAGACAUGGACACUCAGUCAUUUAACUGGGAAUUAUAAAAUGUCAGAAGACACUAAUAGAAGAUAUCGAUGACAGACAUGUGCAGACAUGUGAAAACUGGUCGCUGAACUAUUGAAACAACCAAACGAACUGACUAAAUCUUGUCAGCUGGACUCACUCGGUUUUACACUGUGACAGAUUUGUCAGUGUUCUCUGAUAGCAUGUUUGCUAGUCUUUCCAAUUGCUGGGAUAACAUUACCUAUAAAAGCAGAAUCUUCUCCAGCAUACAAUUUCACUACAAGCCACUAAAUUUUACUAUACUUAGAAUUAAAAUGUACCGGUAAGUCCCAAAAUGUGAACAAACUGGGAACAAAAUCCAUCAAAGUUUCCCAGACCGUGAUGUAACUUAUGAAACAGCUGCUUCUGUACAGCCAGGAUUUAAAAAUGAAAAACAACAGUCAGUGCAUCUGAGAAAGGCAGAACAAUGAAAGGAACUGAAAAAUCUAAUCAACACGACUCUGCUCUUAAGCUACGAGAGAUUUGAGUGGCCAUUAUUUUUUUUAAAUCCAAAGGUAACUACUCAGUAACUGUUAAUAAAAUUUAUGGUGUAUUAUGAUUCUUGAAGACUAUAAGCUGCAGCUUAAAUUCAAACAGUUGCUUGUUGUUACAGUUUUUGAUGGACAGUAAACACUCAAACAUCUGGAAACAUCAGCUAUGAAAGCAUUACCUGAAUUCGGGUCUGGACCAUUACAAACAGCUCUGCUGCCAGCCUCUAAUGGUGAUCAAAGAGCUGAUGUGACAGUCCGACUACAAACACACCGAGACGGGUCGUGUCCUCGUGCCAUUCUGCUUCCCCAGACGAGUUUAGCUGGACCUUUGCUAGCGGAGCUGGAUGACUGGCAAGCUACUGGGAGUCUCUACUGUAACACCGGGAGAUUAUAGCUGAGGAUAUUUGUCCGUCCUUUUCUUGUGACUUAACUUUUGUUUUCCCAAAUAAUCACUCAUGACGAGUUUGUGUUAAUUUUUGAGUUCAUACUAUCUUAAAGCUGAUCAUUUAGAAUUUAUGAAUAACAAGUAACAAUAAUGUGGUGGUGAUGAGUUUAUAAUAGUCCGGAAAAUGAUUUUGAGUUUCUUAUGAUUUGACAAUGAGUUGAAUUUCAAGGUCAUCUCGAUGAUGUUUUUGGAAUUCAUAAUGAUUUGUCAAUGAGUGUGACUUUGUGCUGAUGUGCUAUGUGUUUCAGGGAGAGCUGCAGCAGAGCUCCAACUGUAAACCUCUCUGGUUUCUAACCUGCUUAUUGAGGGCUUACUGUACAUGGUGCUAUUUGUUUAAAGCCAUCUGUACAGAAAAUACUUUCCUCCUUCCCCUCUUUAUCUUCCUCACCCUGAUAUCUAUUAAUUAGCCCCCCGAAAUUUAAUCAAAGAACGACUUUCAGGAACAGGCCAUAAAUGGAGUUUCCUCCCUGCCAUACUGGGGAUUUUUCAUCCCUGCCAUAUGUGGAGUUUCCUCCUGACCACAGAGUUUACAUCAGAGUUCCCCUGUAAGACUUAACAUCCAUUCAUUUUAAUUCUACUUCAUCUUAUUUAAUUUUUCACCGUGAAACGUUUUCAUGUUAAGUCACAGUUAAAGUGCAGAGGUGAAGGAUUUUUGUGCAGUUUCAGUAUCCAACACAGCUGCAGACUCUAGAUCACUCUCUUGCAAUUAAUUAAUUAAAUUGAAUGUAUAUUUACACUUACCAGCAGUAUAUAAACUUGUAAUAAAGUAUUAGCGCCACUAGAUGGAUAGGCAACAGGGAACGAUAUUAUAAGCAGUGUAAGAUAUGGCUUUUCUGGAGAUUUGGCGCCUUCCCCUAAAGGAAAUUUACCAGGACUCUUAUAAAGAUAUAUUUCACCAUUUGGAUGGAUUUAAUUUAAUCAAGCAAAAAAAAAGAAAUGUUGAUCUGUAGAGCUGUCCAGUCACUCAAAAUGUAAUCUCGGAUAACAGGAAGAGAGACUCAAAUGAACCGAAAAUUUCUGAAACAUUUUGGGUUUAAAUACUCAAUAAAUCCGUGAUGUUUCCAAAGUAAUCGAGUUUAAAUCAAAUUAUGAUCACGGCUGUUCAAAAUAGUCAGGAUUGCAAUUUUUGCCAUCACGUCACCAGAAAUAACAGAAAAUCUUCUGCUUGCAGUUGUAGUUGCUCCUCAAAAGCUCAAUUUGAGCUGGAACAAACCUCUGGACAUAUAUGACGCACUACAUCUGCACAUUAAAUAUUAACUACAUGUUUAUAUGCUGCUAAUAAAUGUAAAUAAUUAAUUUAUCUGCCUGCUGUGGAAUCUAAUCACAAAGAAGCUGAAAGAAUUCAUGUAGUUGGAGAUACUGUCCAAAAUUACAGGAAGCUAUCUAAGUUAGAGUUUAUGGAAACCGGCUGGCGCACUUUAUCCUGAUGUGUCGUUCACGCCAAAUGUGAAGCAAAGUUUCACCUCGUGUGGAAUCAGCCACACUGGAGACCUGUGAAUAUUCACCGAGCAGCCAGCGGGAUAAAGACGAAGCUGGAAACAAGUUCCAGAAACGCAUCCUCACAGUUUACACUCUGUUUCCUCCGAGCUCGCUCCUUUUUUUUCUCUUUGUCUAAAAGCAAAGUCGAACCUUUCAGCUCCAGCUGUUCUCAACCAGCGCCGAUAAGCUCCUCCCUCAUUUCUGAUCUCACUGGUAUCAGCAGAGGAUCACCGCUGAUGGGUUCUCAUGCGAGCAAAUGUGGAUUUGCCUGUAUUAUUAAACAGACUGAUCGUAUCCGUACCGUGUGAAAACUCUGCUUCACGUUUGUUGUGAACGCACUGUUAAAGGGGACCUUUAUAUUUUUAUACUGGCGCUAGAUCAGAGUAGCUUUGUACAGGUCAAAGUUCAAAUAAUCUUCAUAGUAACAUUCCUGUCUUUAUACAGGCCCUCAGUUCACCCUGUCUGAAACAAGCCAAUUUAUCUUCGGGCUCUUUCCUUGACAGCCUACUUUGCUCUUAUUGGCUAACUUCUGGAAGCCUGCCGAGGGGCGGCAUCCAGUGCUUGUGAGGUGUACUCUGAAGGCCAAGUGUUCGGCUCACAGUGAUUACUUCUACUCAUGUUUACCUCAUUAUGUGUUUAUAUACACACAUUAACACAUUUCCCACGUGUGGGACUAAUAAAGGUCAUCUUAUCUUAUCUUAUCUUAAACAUCACAACAUCAGACAGAUGACAACAAAAUAAGUAAAGGUUUCAUAUUUUACUACAGCACUCAUAAUGAUAUUAUUAUAAUCCAUCACUUUGACCUCUUGCCCUGAGAAAACAGACUUAUUCAGAGCUUUGUGUUUAUCCUAGCUUAGCACAAAGCAUGGAAGCAGGAGGAAACUGUUAGUCUAGCUCCAUCACAAGGUAAAAGUCCACGUUCUAGCUUAUUUACACAGUGUAGUGUUGUAUUCAGAAAACUAAAACAGAGCAGUCCUGAGUACAACUCAAACAGCCUCCUUUUUAUUUCACUGUCUUUCUACAUUUGCACAUUAACAGUAAGUGGGUGGAAACUGGAUUCCUCCAACCUAUAAACCAGCGUUCUUUAAGUACCGGAGACUUGAAUAGAAUUUUAUUUCAGACAUUUUCUUAAAGUCACAUCGCCCCCUUCUUUUCUGAAUAUUUGAAUUUGGUUUAAAAAAGAAUGAAUGCCUCCGUUUGCCGCCCUCUAAAGCACAAUCAAAGCUUCAGUGCCUGUUCCCGCAGCAGAUCAACUGCUUCUGUCUUGUUUCCUUCCGAGUCCAGUUCCCAAACAACCUGCCGAGCUGCAGUCAUGAUUUCCAAAGUUCUACAAGUUGAUGUUGACAUGCUUUUAUGGACAAAGUAAUAUAGAAUGUACAGACUAUUUACAGCACAUUACAGUAGACUAUAUGGUCUGUAUAAUAUAUAUUAUGGUAGAAUAAAAUGUAGCUAUAGUGUAAAAUAUAAAGUAGACAAUAAAGUUUAUUUAAAAAAGUAAUAUUUUGGUAGGCUGUAGUCUAUGAAGUCUUUAAUCUAAUGAGAUAUUCAGAGCUUGUAAGCAGCUACACUGAGCUCAAUCUGGAAACAGUGCAAGUUUCAAUUAAACCAGGUUUCAUUUUUUCAAUGAAGAAAUCAAACGUGCGUACAUUUAAAUAUACAAUAAAUUAACAGUGUCUUUUGUCCACAGAAACACUCACCAGUACUAUUACCUUACAUUAUUGAGGUGAUUGCUGUUGUGAUUUAACGCUAUAUAAAUAAAACUGAAUAGAACUGAAUUGAAUUGAAUACACUAUAAAAUAAGAUUCUGCUUAAGUUCAGGAUAUUUUUGCGUUGGGUUCAUCCAAUCUUAACCUUCAGUUCUACUUAAAUAAAGCUACACAUCUGAUGGGAAAUCAGAUGACCAAAGUCUGGCUUGUAAUUCUUCCUCUUGCUACAGACAUCCUGGAAAUCAGGCCUAUACUUUCUGUUUCUGGUUAUCCAGACUAGACUGUAAUGACUCUAGUCUGAAAUAACACUGGGAAAAAUGUGACCAACAAAACAAAAAACAGAAGUGGCAAAGAAAAGAAAAUGGCUAGCACCUGAUUCUUUUCUUGCUUCUCUCAAUUGAUGUUGUACUUAUUGUGCGCAGACUGAUUGUGUUUACAUUUUGAGCAGAGAUAAAUGCUCUGCAGAAAUGUUUUAAAAUAAAACGCAAUAAAAAGAGAAUCGGUGGAUCGUCUGUGUGGAAAGCUACAAAAACUCAGUUCGGGUCAUCAUUAUUGCUUCCUUUGGUUUUAUCGAUUAACCAAACCGGUCUGGACCAAAAAUGUCUUUGAAUGUUUAAUCUGCAGCUUAGAGUCCUGCAGUGUGGCUGCUUACACUGAGAGAAUAUCACUUGAGUCAGGUAUUCUGUACAUGUGUAGUAUAUAUUAUAAUGGACUACUGAUAGUCUACUGUACAGAGUCAUGCGCAGAAUGAGUCAGUGAAGCAGGUUGGAAGCAGAUCAGCGACCUCAGGUCCCCGCCUGUGCUCUGUUACACCUGACAUGAGGUCAGUCGCCCAUCGUAGGACUUCUCAGCCAAUCAGAAAUGACAACAUUUUAUCAGUUCUGUCUUAUUUGAGCCAAUCAAAUGUAAGUAGGGCUAAACAACAGGUGGCACCAAUUCUUCUACUCACCCAGUGAGACUAUUGUUUUUCAAACUUUUUUUUUUUGUUGGUUAUUAACAACAAAAUAGAUCCAAGUAGACGUUUACGUAAAGGUUACCGUACGAGCAUCAGCACGCUCUUAUUCUACUUAUUCAACUCAGCUUCGUGUCAUUUGACCGUCGUCAUCAUGGUUUCAGAACCACCUCAUUAAACCAUUGAAUAUAUUAAUGUCAUUACAACAGCUCCAGUCAUUUUUUUCAGUUAACCCUGUGAGGCCUCAGUCAUUGAAUCCAUGCACAGCCUGCAACUGAGUACGUAGGUCGCUGACGACAUUCACAACAUUUAUAUACUCAUGUGAGGCGCCCCGCAUCACUCUACUUAACCACCAGCUAGUGUUUUGGUGGUGGAGUUUCUUCCAUGAAUUGACUGAAAGCAGAUGGAAAGUCAGAAACGUGUAUGAGGAAGUGAUGCUAUCGAGAGCCAAUCACAGUCCCUGCGGCCUCAAAGAUGUAAUGUGUUCUUACAUUUCAGUUACAGAAUCCCACUUAGCUCUAACCGUUUACAUUUGGACUCUUUUAAGAAAAAAUUUGAAUUUUUUUGUGUGUGUUUUAAUGGUUUUAAGACGUCCCCGAACAAAGACUGAGACCGCACAGUGUGAAUAUAAUUAAUUAUCCAUAAUUAAGCCAGUAAUUAUACAAAUAAAGUUUUAUUGUUUCUAUGACUUUUACAGUAAAUCAACAGUCAUUUACUGACACAAUAUCAUUGAUGUAUUUACUUAGGCAAUAAAUAAAGACGCGUCUGUUAAAUCUCACAAACAAAUUCUCACUAAUACCAUUUAUUGACACUCAUAUUGGUAUAGCAGUUUUAUAAUUAAAAAUAUCCUCAAAUCACAUGUAAAUAAAGAGCGGGGCUCAUAAACCUUCCCAUUCAGUAACUUUAAAUAUAUCUGAAGUGAGCUGGAUUACAGUGUUAUUCAGUCUACAAGAUAAAACCCUGUCCAAGUACUUUUGGUCAUUUUUGGUUCUACAGUUUGUGUUUGCGUAUUGCAGCCAUCUACAAAGAUAAUAAGUCAAUCGGAAAACCACAAAAAAGCUGCCUCGUGAUUUUUGUGCUAUUUUAAUACAAGCUCAGAUUGUUUAUUUCUUUAAAAAAUACCUGCAAGUUCAUUUUUUUAAUAUACAGUACCAGACAAAGGUUUAUAGACACUCACAUAUUCAUAUGUAUAUGUGAGUGUCUCAAAACUUUUGCACUUGGCACUACUUGGUCACUCGAGGGUUAAAUAUGAGCUGUAAACCUAUCAAAACAAUGUCAUUUAUAUUUGACUGUUAUAAUCAGGUCUGUGAUGAAAAGAUUUUUAAUAAUUCCUCUAAGAGAAAAAUGAGGAUAUAAACCAAACCACAGCUCCUCAGCCGUGGUUUAAACCUCUAAUAUUUAUUACUUAUGUUCCUCAAUGUUCGGUAGCUGGGGAUGGUCAUGCCUUGGUCUUUUACCAAUGUUCAUGUCCAUGAAGUGUCAGAAAAUACACAAAGUUCAGUAACGUUCACGCCCACGGCAGAGUAAGAAAACUCGAGAGUUCAGAGUUUUACAUUUUUGUGUUUAAAAAAAUGAGAAGUUUUUAUUUAGAGAUUUUACAGUCCAAAAAUAGAAGGGAAUAGAAAGCCAUCAUUUAUAAAUGUUCACUUCACAUAUUUGUAGGUUAAAAGUUGGUUGAGAACAGAAUUUCUUUUGCUUAGGGUUAGAGAACUGUAGAAACCAGAGGCCACCCAGCAGGGGGCGCUGCAGAUAAACGUUGAAGCGAUAACUUAAAAACUUCCAGAUUCUUCCAAAUCUAUGUGAUAAAGUGAUAAUUGAUCAAUAGAAGCAGGAUAAAUCUGAAAGAAUGAGCCAAAAUGGAAAACUGGAAAAUAAUCCUCAGCUUCCUGCUGAUUGGCUGAGAAUCCUGGCUUUCUAACCUGCGUGUGAAACCCUCCUCCCCCUCCUCUUAAAUCUCCACCUGCUUAUAAGUUUAUGGUUUUAUGGUCUCUCCCCCCCCCCCCCCCCCCCUCCUUUCUAGCUUCCUCUUUUUACAGUAUGUUUGUAGUUUCUUCUGGAGUGAGUGGUGUGCGUGUACUUGUAGUUUUUCUUCCCUUUUCUAAAAACCGAAGAGCACACGAUGACAACUGAUGAGCUCUGCAACGCAACAGAUUGUAAUCUUUAUAAUAAACUGUCAUUUAUUACAAACUGCA